AGCGCCACGUAUGUAAAUAUGGAAGACUGAACUCGCAAACAUCGGAAGUUCUUAUCUCUAAAACUGAGAACUCAGUGAUAUUUGGAGUCGGGUACCGACUUUGAGCAAUAAUUUGCGAGUUAGAUUACGAACGGCAAGCAAGCACUGUAAUUUUUGUCUUGAAAAGUCUUCGUCAGAUUUAAAAAUGUGGAAGGCUUCCGUGGGUCACAAUGUUGCACCCAAGGCUCCGGUCAACGACGACGACGACGCCUGGGAAACCGACCCUGACUUUGUCAACGACGUGUCCGAGGAGGAGCAACGAUGGGGCUCGAAAACCAUCGAAGCUUCCGGCAGGACGGCUGGUGCCAUUGACAUGAAAAAGUUGAUUGAGGAGACAAAGCAGGGUGAUGCCCAGGUCAAGGAAAAACAGCUCGCAGAUGGUCCCAAAGCUGCUUACGGCUACGGCGGCAAAUUUGGAGUGCAGGAAGACAGAAUGGAUAAGUCUGCCGUUGGCCACGAUUACGUGGCGGCUCUGAACAAACACGAGUCCCAAAAGGACUAUGCCACCGGCUUUGGAGGCAAAUUCGGGGUUCAGAGUGACAGGCAGGACAGGUCGGCCGUCGGAUGGGACCACGUCGAGCAGGCGCAAAAGCACCAGUCGCAAAAGGACUAUUCUGUUGGUUUCGGAGGCAAGUUCGGUGUGCAGACCGAUAGGCAGGACAAAGCGGCCGUUGGCUGGGAGCACCACGAACAAGUUGCAAAACACGAAAGCCAAACCGAUCACAGCAAAGGCUUUGGUGGUAAAUUUGGAGUGCAGACAGAUCGUGUUGACAAAUCCGCUCACACUUUCGACGAGAAUGAAAAGCUGGCGCCUGCUUAUGUGAAGACAAAGCCUGAUAUAGGUGCAGCAAAACCGUCAAAUUUGCGAGCCAAGUUUGAACAGAUGGCCAAGGGCAACGACGAUGAAGUUCGGCAAAGGGCCAUGGAAGAGCGGAAGCGACGGGAGGAGAGGGAGAAGAAGGAGUUGGAACGGGAGCAGGAGAGGAAGAAAGUGGAGGAGCAAAGGGCAAAGGAGGAGGAAGCCAGACAGGCCGAAAGGGCACAGGAGGAGGCAGAGAGGAGGGCCAAAUACGACGCCGAGAUGGCCCAAGCGCAGGCCGAACAGGACGCUCAAGAAAGGGCCAGAAAACAGAAAGAAUUGGCAGAGAGGGAGGAGAAGGACAGGAAGCAGCGAGAGGAGCGCGAACGGAGAGAACGAGAACAGAGGGAGGCAAGAAAUAAGGAGGAAGAAGAAAGGGAGAAGCAGCGUCAGCGCGAGGAACAAGAACGAGAGGAACAACUGGAGAGGGAGCGUCGCCUGGACCACGAAAGGGAGCUCCAGGAACAGGAAAUCACUCGCCAGUUGCAGCAGCAGGCUGAGGAGGACGAGGAAGAGGAAAACCUGACGGCCACCGCACUCUACGACUACCAAGCGGCCGCCGAAGACGAAAUUUCCUUCGAUCCUGAUGAUCUUAUCACCAACAUUGAAAUGAUCGAUGAAGGCUGGUGGAGAGGAAUGUGCAAAGGCCAGUUUGGGUUGUUCCCAGCCAACUACGUUCAGAUGAACCAGUGAAGAUUUUAAUCCUCGAAGCUCAGACGCACCCAGCGGGCUGUUUUAUCAAGACGGCUCGAUGCCAAUUUAUAUGAUUCCAAGCAUUUUUUUAACGAAUUUUAGAGAUAGCGAUUUUUACUGAGGUCGGAACAGUAAAUAAAUAGUAUUGAGUUGGUACUUAAAUUUUUAUUGGAUCUUGUUACAUUUUUAAGAUUGUCAACAGCGAACGAACCGCAAACACAUCUUCUCGAUGUUGUUAUUACACUUGUUGUAAAAUAAAAUAUGUUAUAACGUAAAAAAAGAGCAGAGCUG